UUUGUCUAUGAUUAACCACUUUUCAGAUUGUGUUAACAUCGCUGGUAUUCUAGUCUCGUAAAAAAUUAUCAAUUUUGAUUUAAGUGAUAAAUAAAUUAGAGAAAAUAAUCAAUCAGUGUUAAAAAUAACUAUUUAUAAUUUAACGAUUAAAUUGUUAAUUAAUAAUGGGCCCACCAAAACGUUUUAAAAAAGACAAUGGUAUGAAGAUAGAGGUAAAUGGAAAAAGCGUAAAGAGGAUCCAGAAGAAUACAAUGACGAUGAUACUUUAGAUGAUAAUGAAACUGAAGGUAUACCUGAUGCAGCCAAAAAUGAUGUUGAAAAGCAAGAUGAUACAGCAUUGGAAGAUGAAUUUGGUGCAAAGGAUUAUCGUUCGCAGAUGAUUUUAAAACCUGAUUGUACCUUAAGGCCACUUUGGGUGGCCCCAAAUGGACAUAUUUUUUUGGAAUCUUUUUCACCUGUAUACAAACAUGCUCAUGAUUUUUUAAUUGCUAUCUCAGAGCCGGUGUGUCGUCCAGAACACAUUCACGAGUAUAAAUUAACUGCUUAUUCUUUGUAUGCUGCUGUUAGUGUUGGGCUUCAAACUCAUGAUAUAGUAGAAUAUUUAAAAAGACUUAGUAAAACUAGUAUUCCUGAUGGGAUUAUAGAAUUUAUAAAAUUGUGUACAUUGUCAUAUGGCAAAGUAAAGUUGGUAUUAAAGCACAAUAAAUAUUUUGUCGAAUCUCCGUAUCCCGAGGUAUUACAAAAAUUACUGAAGGAUCCUGUAAUUCAAGAAUGUAGGUUGAAAAAGACUGUAGAAGAUGACAAAGAUGAGAUAAUCACAAAUGUUCAAAGCAAAACAAAAGCACCACAGUUUGGAGUAAAAGCAGUGACUAAUGUUCCAACUGGAAACACUAAAGUAACAGAAACGACUAACGAUCAGGUUCCAGCAGAAGUAGCUGCUGUUCCCGAAGAUAUUACUACCUUCUAUGAUAAAAUGGAUAAAGAGGAUGAAGAUGAAGAAGAAGAACACGAAUUAAAGACAGUUAGUUUUGAAGUAAAUCAGGAAAAAAUUGAAGUUAUUCAAAAAAGAUGUAUAGAAUUGGAGUACCCGUUAUUGGCAGAAUAUGAUUUUCGCAAUGAUACCGUAAAUCCAGACAUAAACAUUGAUUUGAAACCGUCGGCUGUACUGAGGCCCUAUCAGGAGAAGAGUUUAAGGAAGAUGUUCGGAAAUGGGCGUGCCAGAUCAGGCGUUAUUGUUUUACCUUGCGGUGCCGGUAAAAGUUUAGUUGGAGUAACAGCUUGUUGUACAGUUCGGAAACGUGCGUUGGUCUUAUGUAAUUCUGGAGUAUCGGUAGAACAAUGGAAGCAACAAUUUAAAAUGUGGUCCACCGCGGACGAUUCAAUGAUUUGUCGAUUCACAAGCGAAGCAAAGGACAAACCUAUGGGUUGUGGAAUUUUAAUCACAACAUAUUCUAUGAUCACUCAUACGCAAAAACGUUCAUGGGAAGCGGAACAAACUAUGCGAUGGCUCCAAGAACAGGAAUGGGGAAUUAUGGUUUUAGAUGAGGUACAUACGAUUCCUGCAAAAAUGUUCAGAAGAGUGUUAACAAUCGUUCAGUCCCAUUGUAAAUUGGGAUUGACCGCAACAUUACUUCGAGAAGAUGAUAAAAUUGCUGAUCUCAAUUUUCUGAUUGGACCUAAAUUGUACGAGGCCAACUGGUUAGAAUUGCAAAAAAGGGGCUUUAUCGCAAGAGUACAAUGUGCCGAAGUUUGGUGUCCUAUGUCGCCGGAAUUUUAUAGAGAAUAUCUUGGUUGCAAAAUGACUAAAAAAUUGUUACUUUAUGUGAUGAAUCCUAACAAAUUUCGUUGCUGUCAAUAUUUAAUACGAUAUCAUGAAAGGCGUGGCGAUAAAACCAUUGUUUUCUCAGAUAACGUUUUUGCUUUGAAACAUUAUGCCAUUAAAAUGAACAAACCGUAUAUCUAUGGUCCCACUAGUCAAAGCGAACGAAUACAAAUUUUGCAAAAUUUCAAAUUCAACACUAAAGUAAAUACCAUAUUUGUGAGUAAAGUGGCAGACACUUCCUUUGAUUUACCAGAGGCUAAUGUCUUAAUUCAAAUAUCUUCGCACGGCGGUUCACGACGUCAAGAAGCACAACGUUUAGGACGAAUUUUAAGAGCUAAAAAAGGUGCCAUCGCGGAGGAAUACAAUGCAUUUUUUUACACUUUGGUAUCGCUAGAUACGAUGGAAAUGAAUUACUCGAGAAAGCGUCAGCGUUUUCUUGUAAACCAAGGAUAUGCUUACAAGGUCAUUACAAAACUUGCAGGAAUGGAAGAAGAACCAGAUUUGAUGUAUACAUCCAGAGAAGAACAGGGUCAUUUGCUACAACAGGUCCUAUCUGCGAGUGACAUUGAUGCGGACGAGGAAAGAAUACCUGGAGAAGGACCCAGACCUAUUGUACGUAAAGCCGGAAACAUGACUUCGAUGUCUGGCGCGGACGAUGCAGUUUAUUACGAAUAUAAAAAGGCUCCUAGUUCAUCUACAGCAAAUAAACAUCCGCUGUUUAAAAAAUUUAGGACAUAAAAAAUUUGGAUUGUAUAUAUAAAAGUAUUUAAAAAAUAAGGAUAACAUAAAAUCUUUCCUCAGUGUACAUUUUUUAAUAUCAAUCUUUUACUACACAAAAGAAUUUGAGUUCAAAGAUAUGAAUUUUGUAUUUAGGUUUACAAAUCGCGUUUUGUAAAAAUGACGACCAAUAACUUGCGACAUGAGUGACAUACUGAUUAUUUCUUUAUUCUUUGUAUACCUAAUACGUCUGUUUGCACGAUUUACGUGGUAGCAAUACGAUUUACCAAUGUAAACUGGACCCAAAUAAUGCGAUAAAGAUAUUCCUGAUAAAUGCGUUAAUUUGGAGCGAUAAUAUUGGCACACCUAUAAUACGUUUAAUGUUGCAUUCAUUCGAAGCUCCGUAAAUAAUCUCGGCGAGAAUAUAAAACUUAGAUAUAAUAGAUAAAAACAGUAUAACGGUAUAAUGUUCGUAAAAUCACCAAAAGCUGAAGUUUACGCGUUUUGGUCGUCUAAACAUUAACCAUUUAAUUCGU